GCCUGCCGGGACUAAUGAUGACUGCUUCUCAAACGGGACUUGGUAACUUCUUCGUUGAAAGAAACCUCGCUAUGCAAGAAUAUCACAUAGUGGGGUGUCCGCCUAGUACACAACUGCCCUCGCACAUCAACGCUUUAAGUGCACUGCCCUUCUCGUACUCAGGAUUACCAGGAUAUAACUUUAUCCCAUAUCCUCAAACGCGACACAUGAUGAACUCAUUUGACCUGAAGGCUGCCUCACCAUAUCAUCACACAUUUCUAAGUCGUGGUUCAUUUUAUUCGCCAUACCGGACAAUGACUCCAGAUGACCCCAGCAGGACUAACAAAGUUGCCAGUCGAGAGAGCACAAGUGCUCUUAAGGCUUGGCUAAACGAACAUCUGAAGAACCCAUAUCCCACCAAAGGUGAGAAGAUCAUGCUUGCCAUAGUCACCAAGAUGAGUUUAACGCAGGUGUCUACAUGGUUCGCUAACGCCCGGAGGCGCCUCAAGAAAGAAAACCGGGUCAGCUGGGCCACCAAAGGUAAAUCUGACGAAGAAGAGGAGGGUGAAAGCGAGGAGGAGGGUGUAAUGCACAAAAGUACCUCUUCUGCUUCAGAGGACGAAGAUGAGAUUGAUCUUGAGGCAGUAGAUGAUGAAGAGAAUCGCUGCGAGUCAGUGGCUGGAUGUGCGUCCCGGUCCGUGGACGAGCGACUCCCUCAUGCUAUUGAACAAUCUAAAGACAGUGACAGUUCAGUUGACGUAUUUGUGAAAGACGAGCAAGGCAUAAGCGAAUUUGUCAAGGAAAGAAAAAAUGGAGACAGUAUUCAGAAACCAAAAAUCUGGUCCUUGGCGGAAAUCGCCACCUCACAAACAGUUAGGAAGACACCAGACGUGUCCUGCAGCAACACAAGCAGUGGACCAUACGUGGGCAAAUGGUGGUUGGACUGGGCAUCAAGAAACGGUCUGUACUUUCCGGCAAACUAUCCAGUAUAUGACUCUUUGAAACAGGAGAGUGGCGAUAAAGCCAGCUUUUGAUCGAGCGCUGGUAACCCAUUCCUGUUUACUGCACUUUUCUUGCAGUCUUGCAAAAAAGAACUGUUUGGUCAUGUUUGAAGUCACGGAUUCGUUGAAA